AUGGCAUGUUCUAAUGCGAUUCACAAUCCAGCGGCAGGAUCCAAACUAAAACCUGACGUGAAUGUACCUGUCGCGGAUAAAACUACAACGACUGCUAUGACAACAACAUCCACCACUACCACUACUACCAUUGCACCAAAGGUUUACACAUCAAGAAAAGAUGUCCAGGUGGCAGGAUCCAAACUAAAACCUGACGUGAAUGUACCUGUCGCGGAUAAAACUACAACGACUGCUAUGACAACAACAUCCACCACUACGACUACUACCAUUGCACCAAAGGUUUACACAUCAAGAAAAGAUGUCCAGGUGGCAGGAUCCAAACUAAAACCUGACGUGAAUGUACCUGUCGCGGAUAAAACUACAACGACUGCUAUGACAACAACAUCCACCACUACGACUACUACCAUUGCACCAAAGGUUUACACAUCAAGAAAAGAUGUCCAGGCCCGCUACACACGUUCCCCGACCCCAUGUCAAUCAGGGGAAUGGGCCUACAGCAACCAGACUGGCAACUGCUACCUGUUCUUCAGAGAUAGAGUUUCCCAGGAUGAAGCCAUCGAAGUGUGCAAUGAAAAGAAUGCAAACCUUCUUUCAAUUGAAAACCAAAAUGAGCAGAAUUUCGUUGACAUCGCCCUUAGCUUUGAUUUCUAUGAUCAUUGGACCCGUGGAAGGAAAAAUAAAUUUGGUGAUUUUACAUAUAACGGAACAAAAAUCACGUAUGAGAACUGGCUUGCUGAUAAUCUGUUGACGAAACCCAAAGACGGAGAGCAAGUUUGUAUCGCUCUGGUCAAGAUUUACUACAGAGAAUUCUUCCAGCUGAAAUGGAAAUGGGACAGGAAACCCUGUGGUGAGAAGAAAAGCUUUGUGUGUCAACACACGGCCAAGCGGUGUCCACCGCUACCAAUGGUUGACUUCGUGGAGCCGCAUCCUCCAAAGCCUUUCAUCGAACUGACCAUCAAAUAUACCUGCCAGCCUGGUUAUGAGAUGCCAAACUACACAUUGAGGUACCACGAGUGGCUGAGUGAGGAACCAGGCACGUAUGAUAGUCAAUACAUGUAUAUACACUCACUGUUCUUGUCUCCUUGGCGAUCAGCGACUACUACUUUAGAAUAG